CCGCUGUCUGGUGACUCUCUUCCUUCCUUUCCCACCCACAGAACGCUGCGCUGCCACGCCGUGUGACCGGCCGUGAUUCCGCCUGCUUGGGCCAGUUCCACGCUCCACGCCGUCGUCAGCGCAGCGACCGCUCCGCGUCCUGCGCCGCGAGAGAAGCUGAGGAGAAUUCGCCUCGUUAUGCGUAAAAAAGCGCGCCGCUCGUCGUGACGCAGCGUCACCGCUUCGGAUUCAGCGCGUUUCCCACGAAGUCGAGCUGGCCGUUGAUUUAGUAACGUCUCCAGUGAGGAUUAUAUAUAUAUGGAUUAUAUAUAUAUGGAUUAUAUAUAUACCAUGAGGAUUCUGUGGGUGUUUUUAUUCCACUUCGUUGAUUUAUCAGAUGCGGUGGUCGAUCUGACCAUGAUCUCCACGGCCGAGGUCUCCAACGUCAAUCACUUCACCAUUUCCUGCAUCCACGGCGAGGGCAGCUCCGUCCAGGACGAGCUGGACAUCAAGAAGGACAACAAAAUCUUCAUGCUCCCAAAGGAGCCCAGUUUUAAGGUGCACAAGUCCAGGAAGGAGGAGGCCAAGGCCACAGACUUCCAUGACGUUGAACAUAUCGGCAUCUUCUACUGCAAAUUCAAGUGCACGACUCCACCCGAGAUGGUGACAAUGAUCAACAACUUUGAAAAAUCUAUUUUUAUUCCGACUCACCUGACCAUUACUGCAAACAAAGGAGAGACGGUUAAGCUGAGUAUGCAGCUGCUCGGCUCAGAAAAGAGAGACGUGACCUGGAAAUACAACGGAAACUACUAUUAUAUGACUCACUGGACUGAGAUGUCGGACGACACGGCGGUGAUGAAGGUGGAGAACGUAACUCUUGCCAAUCAGGGCAUCUACAGCGCCAGCUACGUGGGGGACAGCCCCCUGCACGGCGCCUGGAUGAGGCUCAUUGUCAGAGACUGCCCCAGUAAGAAGUGGGGUCUGUCCUGUGACAACGACUGCCCGGAGUGUCUCAACGGUGGAGUGUGUCAUGACGUGUAUGGAGACUGUAUCUGCCCUCCAGGAUUCAUGGGGGCACACUGUGAAACAGCCUGCGAAGCAGGAAGGUUCGGCCGGAGAUGCCAGGAGCACUCGAGCCACGACAGCAAAGGCCUCCUCUUCUGCCUCCCGGACCCCUACGGCUGCUCCUGUGCUAGCGGCUGGUUUGGGACCCGCUGUGAUAAGGCUUGUCGCAAUGACUCCUAUGGACCAGACUGCAGGCUGAGCUGUAAAUGCCAGAACGGAGGAGUUUGCGAUCGUUUCAGAGGAUGCCGCUGUCCCACAGGGUGGAGGGGACACAACUGUGAGAAGACCGACCGGGCGCCGCAGAUUUUGGACUUGGAGGAUUCCGUGGAGUGGAACGUCAACUCCAAAGCAACGAUCUUCUGUUCCGCCACAGGCUAUCCUCUCCCGAGCCACAACAGCAUCGAGCUCCGAAGGUCGGACAAGGUGGUUGUCAAGGCUACUCGUACGGUCAUGGACUCCAAUAAAAGUAAGGCCCAGUUUGAGAUAACUCCGCAGAGCACCAGCCGAGGGGGGCUGUGGGAGUGCAGGGUGUCCACCAACGGAGGGCAGGACUCGCGCAAGUUCCUCGUCACCAUCAAACAGCCCCCCGUGCCCACCACUGCACCCAAACUGCUAGAAAAGAGCAGUAAGCAGCUCGUGGUGAUGCCCAUGGAGUCCUUCAGAGGAGACGGGCCCAUCAUCUCCACCAGGGUCCUCUACAAGCCCGUGAAGAAUGAGGCGUGGUCAUCCAUCAUAGUCUACAGUCAAAAAGAGCCCAUCACACUCAUGAACCUGAAGCCUUCAACGUCCUACCACGUCCGUGUCCAGCUGAGCCGUCCUAAGGAAGGAGGAGAAGGGGACCCGGGGCCGGAGGCAACCAUGGAGACCGACUGUCCUGAGCCCACAGUGCAGCCUGAGAUUGACAUCAGCUCCACGGACGGACGCAACGCCACAGUACGUUGGCGACUGCCCGGCAGCAAUGGCGUAAGCGCCGCUACAGCCAGUGGCUAUGUAGUUCAGCUCUUUGGGCCUCCACCCAACAGUGAGAAGCUGCUGGAGAAAACCACUCUGCUCAAUGUACUUUCUACCCACUUCCCCAACCUGGACUACCAUCGAGACUACACUGUGCUGGUGCGCCUUAUCAACUGCGGCAGCCAGGGACCCCCGUCCAAACCGUACAAGUUCCGCAUCAACAGCCAGGGUCCCUCGUCCCCACGCAACGUCCAAGCCGUGCCCCUGUCUGCGUCCUCCGUCCAGGUGAGGUGGCAGCCGCCCGAGGAUCCCAACGGAGGCAUCGUCAAAUACACUGUAGAGUACCAGCCGGUGGGCCAGGGGAGCCCGCACCCCUGGGUGGACACAGAUGAUGGGAACGAGACGACCAAAGACGUGACAGCGCUCAACGGCAGCACGCUCUAUCAGUUCAGAGUCAGGGCUUUCUCCAAAGUGCCGGGGGAAUGGAGCAAAAUCGUUGAAGUAAUGACACAGGCCGAUGGGCUUCAGGUUCUAACUCCGACCACCAUGGGUGUGGCUGGGAAGCCGGCCGGGGACAGUUACCAGCUGCUGGUGGCGGUGGUGGGCUCAGUGACCGUCACCUGCGUGACCAUACUGCUGGCCCUGCUGGCGCUUUUCUUCAUCCGCAAGACGUUGAUGAACCGCAGGCGCACGUUCACGUACCAGUCUGGAUCGGGAGAGGAGACUAUCCUGCAGUUUAACUCGGGAACUCUGACCCUGACACGGAGGCCCAAGCCCACCCCUGAGCCCCUCACCUACCCAAUCCUGGAGUGGGAAGAUAUAAAGUUUGAGGAUGUCAUCGGAGAGGGCAACUUUGGCCAGGUCAUCAAAGCCAUGAUCAAGAAGGACGGCAACAAAAUGAGCGCGGCCAUCAAGAUGCUGAAAGAGUUCGCCUCAGAGAAUGACCAUCGGGACUUUGCAGGGGAGCUGGAGGUGCUGUGCAAACUAGGCCAGCAUCCCAACAUCAUCAACCUGAUAGGAGCGUGUGAGAACAGAGGUUACCUGUACAUAGCCAUCGAGUACGCCCCCUACGGGAACCUGCUGGACUUCCUGAGGAAGAGCCGCGUGCUGGAGACAGAUCCGGCCUUCGCCAAAGAGCACGGCACGGCCUCCACCCUCACCUCCCAGCAGCUGCUGCAGUUCUCUGUGGACGUGGCCACUGGGAUGCAUUACCUCAGCGACAAACAGUUCAUACACAGGGACUUGGCUGCAAGGAAUGUUCUCGUAGGCGACAGAAUUGUGGCAAAGAUCGCAGACUUUGGCCUGUCCCGCGGAGAGGAGGUUUACGUCAAGAAGACGAUGGGGAGGCUGCCUGUGCGCUGGAUGGCCAUCGAGUCCCUGAACUACAGCGUGUACACAACCAAGAGCGAUGUGUGGUCGUUUGGCGUUCUCUUGUGGGAAAUCGUAAGCUUGGGGGGCACGCCGUACUGUGGCAUGACGUGUGCUGAGCUCUAUGAGAAGUUGCCGCAAGGAUACCGGAUGGAGAAACCGAAAAACUGUGAUGACGAGGUCUAUGAACUGAUGAAGCAGUGCUGGAGGGACCGGCCCUAUGAGAGACCCCCCUUCUCGCAGAUCUCUGUCCAGCUCAACAGGAUGCAGGAGGCCAGGAAGGCCUACGUGAACAUGGCGCUCUUUGAGAACUUCACCUACGCCGGCAUCGAUGCCACCGCCGAGGAGGCCUGACUACCAGCCCCCCCAGACCCCAGCAGGCCACGCAGCUCCAGGAGGACGCCCCGCGGGCCGCGCUACUGCCCCCCCCCUGCCGGGCAGCGCCGCCACCGGGGCGGCCGGCGCCCCCUCACAACCACCCAGCUAUAGAUGGAGGACUGUGAAAGGACACUGUGGGGGGUGUCAGAGGUGUGAGGGGCCUUGGACGGAGAGAAGCGAUCGCGACCGGGCUUUUGGGAGCAGUGUGGCUGCUGCUUCUACAAAGCUGUCGGUGCCGGAUCCUUUUCUCCGAGCGCGACGGGGAAGUGGCAGAGGAGCUAUGUGACUGAAACACCGCAGGGUCUGUGGGGUGUCGACACCGGACUUUACGUUCUCCCCGUUCUUCUGAAUGGAGAAGGAAUCUGUUUAUGAAACGUGAAAGGCACAGCGGAUCAUACGCCAUCAAGCUGUCAGACAGAGAAGAACACUGUUACGAUGUAGCACUUAAAACCAGCCUGAUUCUUUGCCAUCUGUGUCUUUUGUUUGCUUUUCACUGCCAUGCGAUUGUACUGUACAAUAUUGUAUGCCUCCGUUUUCAAGAACAUCUAUCGAAGCGUCAUAUCUGAAUGUGGUCAGGGAUGCAGCUGCUCAGUGUGUGCAUGCAAAACUCCACCACAAGAGUAGUAAUUUGGAAAAUGCAACUAAUAGAGGCAGAAGGACUCGUCCCCACGUGCAGAAGCCCCAGCACGGGUUCUGCUUUCUGACCCUUUGACAUCGGUGGGCACGACUUUGGCGUUGAUUGAACAUCUGUGUGCCUGCUUCUUAGAAAGCACACAGGAAAAACACAGGAGUUGAGGAACACUCAUCUUCCCUGCUGCACUCUGCUGAUCUGUCACUGGGUUUCCUCCACAAACCGACCACAGACUCAGUCUCAGUUUCUACAGAGAAAGACUGGACCAAAGUAACCAAAGUCCAAGUAGAGGAACCAAUAAAUACUGUCUAAAAGUCUGCAUCCCAGGUAUUAUACACAGCCUGCAUGUGAUGUCCACACUUUCUUAUCUCAGUAAAGUUUAGUGUUUGGAGUAAGAAAUAUUUUACUUGUUAUUUACCAAGAACUUUUAUACUCAUAUGUAUAUUUGUAAUAAAAACCUGUGUUUAGA